GAUAAGGUCUUAAACGGCUUCUGCGUAAUUCAUCCCGAAUAUAACUGCGUACAUACGCUCGAUUUAACUCUCUCGGUGAGGCCAAAUUAAAUACAACCAAGGUAAUAAAACAAACCUAGUUCUUGCAGGAACGUUCGCUUUCAUAAUUCAAUAUUUACUUCAUUCCGUUCCUUUGUAUACAUCAUGGCCAGUUCAUUUUUGGGGUCCCGACUGGUAUUGUUUCAUGAUUGGAUAGUAGAGCCCGUCAAGAAAACUACAACAGUUUUAACCAAAUGGAUUUUAUUUCGUGGAGAAAAAGUAUUUCGGCUAUGCUUAAAGGACACUACGAAAACUAAGAAUCCAAUCUUGAUAUUCUUAGCUGUUAACCUGAACAAACUUGGGUUGAGAGUUCAUAAAGUGCAUUACAGUAAACAAAGUCUCGAAUCCAGUCUAAUUCACGAAAGUUAUAAAGGUGAAAGUUUGCAGUUGUUUAAAGCCAAUCUCACCGAGAUGCCAGCUGAAAAGUGCACAUUUUCCUUCUCAAUUUGGAUAGAAGGAAGCGACUCCGCUUAUUCUUAUCAUUUAUCCGACCGCUUGACCAAAGAACAAUUUUGGAAUGCCUCUUUGAAAAGCCAACAUCAUGUUGAUGUUGAAUUCGUCGUCAAAGACAAGAAGUUUUCAGCUCACAAAGCCGUUCUUGCUGCUCGAAGUCCUGUCUUUGCAGCGGAGUUCACAAAAGAAAAGCCAGAACGAAAGGACGACGAUGGCGAUGGUCUUCAACAGAUUAUUCGAAUAGACGACGUGGAUCCAGCGAGUGUGGAACAGUUUCUUUACUUUCUUUACACAGGAGAACCGAUGAAAUCUUCGUUAUUUAAUGAAGAGCUGCUAAACUUGGCUGAACGUUAUAAGGUUAUUACUCUGGUCAACUUGUGUCGGGCUGCGUUGAAGAAUAUUGAUGUCAAGCAGAUGAUGAGCUGUUUGCGUGAAAUUAACCCGGAUGCGGCAGAAAUGCACAUGGAAGCAAAGUUUUCAGAUUCCGUACACAUAAGGCCGGAUAAAGAGACGGAAAUUUUCCAUGAUGCACGUCCGUUUUCCAUUACCCCUGUGAAUUUCACCAUAUUUCACAUGCACUGAGCCCGUUUGAAGUCAAAUAUCAAAACGAAAAUGUAUUUGCCCUUCAUGUUUUUGGUAACGAGUUAUCAGGCAGGAUAGAGCGGAUAGAGCAUCCAUGGAUUCAUUUAAUCUGCUCAGAUCAUCGCAAUUUCGGUUUUAAAGUGGCGAAAGCAUUUUGUUCCAUGGAUAAUUAUCGGACAUGGAUGGAAAUGAAACCAACAAGAGCAGAUGUUAUGGGACUGAUUCUCUUCACGGUGCAAGGGAAUAGAUCGCUAGAAAAAGAUUUCCAUGAUAGACGUGGAUAUCCUUGCUUCCAUCUUUAUUUUCGUAUCGAAAUUACUAGCAGUCUAUAAAACUAUCAUUACGAAAUGAUGGACACUUCGUGGACGACUCAGCUUUGGCAGGCCGCUUUAAACCAACAGCUGACGGAUGUUGAAAUAAUUGUCGGACCCA